AUGAAUUCUCCUCGCAGGGAAAUUGGUAACCCUACCAAAACAUUCUCCUCUUCCACACCCCAUUUCUUAAUGAUGAUUCCAAAGGGUACUUCUGGAGACAUCAAACUUAGUAUUCCAAAGAAAUUUUUGAGGAAAUAUGGAGAUGAUCUAUCAAAUCCAGUACUUCUUAAGCUUCCAAAUGGUUCAAAAUGGAACAUAGAACUCAGAAGAUGGGAGGGUGAGGCUUGGUUUGACAAGGGUUGGCCAGAGUUCUCUGAGUUUUACUUUCUAGAGCACUGUCACUCCUUGGUUUUUGGAUAUGAAGGGAAUUCCAAAUUUCACAUUUGCAUAUUUGAUGAAAGUUUCAUAGAGAUUGAAUAUCCAUUAACGAUGCCAGAGAUGAAAGAAACUGACGCGGAUGAUGACUCUAGUGAUGAAUCUGAUGAUCAUUCUGAUGAUGCUUCUCUUGAAAUCUUAGACAAAUUUCCACCAUGCCCAAGAAAAUCGAAGGGGAAAUCUUCAUUUCCAUGUCCUCGGCCUCACAAGAAAAAAAGAACAAGUUCAAGUGGCAACGUUGAUUUUCCAUCCAAAAGACAUGAUCGAGGCACGUCUAGCACCCCAAGAUUCCUAAAACGAACACAAGUCGUUCGUGGGAGGAGGCAUCCAUUGACUACAAGUGGAAAAGCUUUAGCUCUUCAGAGAGCAAAAGCAUACAAAUCUGACAAGCCUUCUUUCAUAGUUCCCAUGCAUCGCUCUUAUAUUGGUCGACAUCCAAUGUGGUUGACAUCCGAUUUUUCCAUCCUUAUGGGACAUCUUAGUAAGAAUUCUGCCAACGUUAUCCUGUGGGAUUUGGGUGGGAGAGCUUGGGUUGUUGAAUUUAUAGCAAAACCAAGAGCCAAGUUCCAGUCUGGUUGGCAUGAAUUUGUUCGAGGCAAUAAUUUGAAUGUUAAUGAUGUAUGUGUAUUUGUGUUGAUUGAUGACACUAGACUUGUGUUUGAAGUUGUCAUUUUCCGCGCCGUACAAGCUGCAAAUUGCACCUUGUUACCAGAUGUUGAUGGGGAAGAAACUGAGGAGGAUGAUGAUUCUGCUUUGCCAGCCAAGUUUGUCAAGGAACAUCUUAACCAGGCUCAUGAUAAGGCCGUCCUUCGUGUUUCGGAUGAAAGAACUUGCAAAUCCCACCAGCAUUUCUCGUGCAUUUUGAUGGUGGAAAAGUACCUCAGAAGUCCCACCUUCGGACCUCCUGUUAAUGUGAAGAAGGCUGAUGACAAGUUCUUUUUCCAAAAGGGUUGGAAGAAAUUUGUCCAUGACCGUGUUUUAAAGCUUUGUGAGUUUCUAGUCUUUGGUUACGCUGGAAAUUUGGGAUUCUAUGUUGACAUUUAUGGAAGAGAUGGCUGCAAAAAAAAGUUUGUAACAGCCAUUAGGGAAAGGGGCCGCAGACAUCAUGAAGAGGGACAUGGUAAUGUAAUUCACAGAAGGAGCCCAAGACAUCAUGGAAAACAGAAUUUGCCUUCAAUUGAUCCCAUCAAAUAUGAAGCAACCGAUACUGAAUCUGAAACAUCAAUGCAUCCAUUGGCUACAAGUACUGGAAAAACUAUUGCUCUUCCGCGAAACAAUAGCUUCAACUCUGAAAAACCAUUUUUCAAGAGUGCAAUACAGAACUCGUACAUCCGUAGAGGUUAUAUGUAUUUGCCACGUAAUUUUGGCAGGACACAUCUCACCGAGCAGCGAGCUACCGUUACUCUUCGGGUUUCGGAUGGGAAAACUUGGCCUGUCAAGUUGGCAAUUGAAGGUGAAAGAGCCAAACUUCGGUGGUGGUUUCAUGACAUUUUGCCGAGAUAAUAAAUUAGAAGUUGGUGACAUGUGUGUCUUUGUCUUGAUUAACAAGAUUGAGUUUUUAUUUGAAGCUGUCUUUUACCGCAAGACAGAAGCUUCAAGUUGCAC